CAGCUGUAUUGUUUGUUUGUUUGUUUGUUUUGCUCAAUAAACGGAAACGGAUGGACGCUGUAUUCCCUUCGCAUGGUGCUGCAAUAAAACGAAUUGUAUUAUGCUGCAAACCAAAGACACGCCUGCAGAAAUGUUGUUGAAACAACACACAGCAAAGGAACCAGGAAGUGAACAUUCAAAGAUUUGAUUGGCUGACUGUGCUCAACCACAGCAUUAUGGAUGGCUUCUCAGGAGUCAUCACCACCAUCUCCAAGCUCACCAAAAUGUGCGUCCUGCGGCUGACUUCCGACAACCUGUUCUUCGUUUUGUCCGAGAAAGUGGCCAACGGAGGGGUGAGCAUGUGGUGUGAACUGUCUCAGGCCAACUUCUUCGAUGAGUACCAGAUGGAGGGCGUGUCCACUGAGGACAAUGAGAUCUGUCUGGAGGUGACUCCGGAGAAUCUGUCCCGGGCCCUGAAGACAGUCCAGAACGCCAAAGCCGUCAAACUCAAGCUGACCAAGAAGCACUGCCCCUGUCUCACCAUCGCUGCCGAGCUGCCCACCCUGUCGAGCAUCAGUCGCGUCGUCACUCAUGACGUUCCAGUCGAUGUCAUCCCGCGGAGACUCUGGCACGAGUUCAAAGAGCCGAACAUGCCGGACUUUGACGUCAGUAUCUACCUGCCUCCUCUGAAGACGAUGAAGAACGUCGUGGACAGAAUGAAGAACCUCUCCAACUUUCUGGUACUGGAGGCCAACCUGAACGGAGAGAUGAACCUGAAGAUUGAGACAGAUCUGGUUUCUGUUACUACUCACUUCAAAGACCUGGGAAACCCUCCGUGGGGUGAGGACGCCUCACAGGAUGGGGGUCCGUCUCAGAGCAGGGACCCUCAGGCCAUGGCCCAGGCGCGGGUGGACAUCAGGAAGCUGCAGCAGUUCCUCAUGGGUCAGCAGGUCAACCCCAGCAAGGCCAUGUGCAAUAUCGUCCACGAGCGGGUCGUCCACCUGAUUCUGCUGCAUGAAGACAUGUCGCUGCAGUAUUUCAUCCCCGCUGUGGCGUAAGACCAGUGGUUCUCAACUGGUGGGUCAAGACCCAAAAGUGGGCCAUGUGGCUGUUUACUGUGUGGGUUUUUGUUCUGUCACAUUUCGUUCCCCCUGAGGACCAAACUGCACUAUUUUUCAUAACAUAAAUCUGAAAAACUAGACCAGAAGAGAACCUCUGGCGUUGUCGCAGAGCAGAACCACAACAGACUGUGGACCUGUGUGAGGCAGAAAACGACUCCCUGAGACAGCUCACCAUGUCUGUGAGUCUGAGGUUGUUUCCAGUCGUCGCUCUGUUCUCUGGAAGACUCGUAACACUGACCUCUGGUUGAAGUACAGACAUGCUGGAAAACUUUAUCGAAGAGGACAGUGAAAAAGGUGACACUUUGAUCCUUGAGAAAAUACAAAAAGUUGCGUUUAAGUUGUUUUUCCAUGUUGAGAUUUUGCAAUAAAGCUACAGAGAAAUGGA